AUGAUUCCAGCACUUCCCUCCCAACCCCCGAAGUCCGCUAUGAAGACUCGGAAGCGGGCAAAGACCACCGGCCUUGCCAAAUUCAAGGUGUUUGUUGAGUCGGAAGAUGAGGAGGACUCGGUCACUCAGCCGAUUUUGCAUGGAGUUCCAAAGGUCGUCCUCCCCCAGCUCUCCCCAGAUGUUGCAAGGAUGUCCGGAUCACCUCAGUCACCCCGGAGCCCAAAGAAGAAACCCUUUGGGCCUGCUACAGCAAUUGCCGGCAAACAUCCGGAGGUCAUUGAGCCCCCUCAGGCAACUCCCAAACCUCCGGUAGAGGCACCCCCAGCUUGCCACAAGAUGGAAUGGCCCUGUGCAACUCGGUUUGACAAGAGGACCGGCGCCCCAUGCAUGUCCUGCGUCUACUGCACCACCAAGAAAAUCAAGUGCAUCUCCAUGAGUAUGGGAACCCCACCGAAAUGUGUUCGAGGUCAAUCUGUCACCCGGACCACCAGGAGGACCAGAUCCAGGACCGCUUCCAAAGCUCCCUCCAAAGCUCCGGCCACCUCACAAUUCACCGGCUGGAUGCAGAGUCAAUCUCGGGUCUCUUCUGUCACUCCUGGUCCAUCUCAUGCCCAAACACCAAAGGCACAAACACACAGUCGCAGCAAGACUGUCACUGCUGCCAAGGAACCUACACCUGCACCAGCUCACACCCAAGGUGAUGCAACAUCAUUUUUGCUUCAUCAACCUGUCCCUCCGGCCAUGUCAACCCCCACAUCCGCACUUCCUCCUCUCAUUGACCUGUCUAUGGAAGGGAUGGAGCCCAACCCCCCCAACCUCCAGGAUGAGUCUGCCAUCGACGGACUCAUAUUUGAGCUCAACCAAAUUCAUCCUGAGGUUUCACAGACACCCGGUGAAAUUGUGAAACCGGAUGAUCCGGGCAAUCUUUUCCCAGAGUAUGAUUCAGUUGAAGAGAUGGAUGUUCAAGUGAAGGGUGAACCUUCUGGUGAGGAUGUUGACAUGACUACAUAA